AUGGGAAAAAUAUAUGCGCUGUUUGGAUGGGAAUACAGGAAACCAGUGAGAGCUCCUCCUGCUUGUCCUUAUAAGCCCCCUGCAUCCAAUAUUAACACCACUACAAAACAGAUGGAAGCAGAAGGUGAAUCAAGUAUACAGGAACCUGUUUCGAAACCUGUGGCAGUUGGUGAUGGAAAGCAGGACUGA